UAACACGUUGUUUCUUUGACCUUCCAGUACUUCCUGAUUGCACAUUACAUCACAUUGAUAAACAGUUUUAUUUCGACAAAGUUGAUAUGUAUGAGAUUAUUAUAUAUUUUAGUUGAAUUAACUAGAGGUUCUUCUGGUUCUUUUCGUUGAAUAGACGUGGGCAACAUUGAAUGAGAGGUUACUUCUACAGUCAGUAGCAGUUAAAUAACUGAUAACAUGCAGAACUACGGUAAAGCAAUAAAUACUUUUGUUGGACAAUAUCCGACAGGGAUCGCUCUUAUCGCAAUCACAGGAGUGGGGCUCUUUGCUCUGCGUAAAUGGCUGGCUGGAGGGGUGUGUACGAGCAAAGCCCGGCUGGACGGGAAGACUGUCCUUAUCACCGGAGCCAACACUGGGAUUGGGAAAGAGACUGCUGUUGACAUGGCUAGCAGGGGGGCGAGGGUUAUUCUGGCCUGCAGGGACAUGACAAGAGCCAAUCAAGCCGCAGAGGGCAUCAGGAAGAGGAGUGGCAAUGGGAAUGUGAUUGUCAAAAAGUUGGACUUGGCAUCCCUACAGUCGGUGCGACAGCUAGCCAAAGAGAUCCUGGAAAGUGAAGAGAGACUGGACAUCCUUAUUAAUAAUGCAGGUAUCAUGAGCUGUCCAAAAUGGCAAACUGAAGAUGGCUUUGAGAUGCAGUUUGGUACCAACCACUUGGGCCACUUUUUAUUGACAAAUUGCCUUUUGGAUCUCCUUAAGAAAUCAGUCCCAAGCCGUAUUGUCAAUGUCUCCAGUUUAGCUCAUGAAAAAGGUGAGAUUUAUUUUGAUGACAUAAACUUAGAUAAAGAUUACAGUCCAUGGAAAAGCUACCGGCAAAGUAAGCUAGCUAAUGUGCUCUUCACUAGGGAGCUGGCAACACGACUACAAGGAACUGGAGUAACUACAUAUAGCCUCCAUCCUGGGGUCAUCCGGACUGAGCUUGGCCGGCACUUCUGGCCCGCCAUGCCCCUGUGGAAAAGAGCCAUCUACAAGCCUCUCAUGUUUUGGCUCAAGUCCCCCAGAGAGGGAGCCCAGACCACCAUCCACUGUGCUGUAGAAGAAAGCCUGGCAGAUGUCAGUGGACUCUACUACAGUGACUGCGCCCCAAAAACUGUGGCCCUUCAGGGCCAGGAUGAUGCAGCUGCCAAGAAGCUGUGGGACCUGAGUGCCUCCAUGGUUGGUCUGGCAUGAUGGACCUGGUUACCACCAGGACUGGCCUAGCCUUUAGAAUGUUGACAUAUUACCAUCUGAUGAUGAUGAACUGUGAAAUGCAUCCAAACCUCAUUGCAUUCAGUAAGAAACUGUUGAAUGACAUUUGUUUAAGUUACAUUUAUUUAGAAUAUACAGCAAACUACAUACAAAAAUACUAUGCAUCAAAAUAUGUUAACGUUAGCCUUUUAAACAGAAGGAAUGUCUCAUAAUUAAGUUACAUGGAAGCUGUAUGAACUUUUACUACAUAAGUGUAAAUUCUAUUCUAGAGGAACAAGGAUCACUAAAGUCUGUAUUUACGUACGUUUGUAGUAUACACAUUAUGUUGUCUUGUCAUGGAACUGAUGUAUGAAAAUACAUGUGCUAUAUCUACAAAACAUUUAGAGAAACAACAUACAUUGUUCUCUUGGGUAAUUUAAAAUGUACGAUAAUAAAGUGCUGAUUUACAUAAUCUCUUUAAUUGUACCUAGCUAAGGCAUAUAAAUCAUAUAUGAUUUGUGUAUAUUCUGAGCCUUUCAUAUUGGACAUUAAACCAACGGCACUAAAACAAAA